AGAAUGAAAGGGUAUAUAUCAACGGAGGAAUGGCUGUAGAACGUAGUUAGAGUAAUUGGUUGGCUGGAGUUGGAUCUGUUGAAUGGAAAAGGCGGUAUAGGCUCACUGCCCCUCUUCACGUCAGCGGUGAACAUAAAUAGUAGGUUGUUUAUUGGUAACAAUAUAUAGGAGUUGGUGGGGAAUUUGUGAUAUGUCAAAUAUGGUUGAUUUCGUUAAUAGCCUUCAUAAUUGAUUUGAAGGCAGCAGAAAGGUCCGCCACCGUAAAAGAAAAGUCACAAAUCCAGCAGAAUCUUUGAUUGCGAAUAGAACUAGAAACAUUGGGUCAAAACGAGAAUAGGCAACGGGCCAUGUCAAGGAGCGAAAGAACAAACGGUAGGGAACAGAAGGUGAAACACAGGUCUAUGUUCAAAAACAACCACCAAGAUCAAGAACUAAAGCAAACAAGUCAAACUUGUGAUCAUAUGGACCAAGAUUUAUAGCAGUUUAGUGGUGCACACGAUGUUUUAAACAUAGGAUACUGUGCAGUCAAACCUAAAAAAGUUAAACCUGUUCUUAAGGCAAUAGCUAGCUCUACAAAAGACAUUGCCUUUACCGAUACAAGCGAGGCGGUUAGGCGGAUUUGUCCUUGGAAACCUUAAAAGAAUCUAGAAACAGGCCACUGGUAGUGCUAUCCACAACAUGUCCACCUCAAACGAAGUAGACACCCCCGGAGAUGCCGGAGACCAAAUAUCGGCCAUGAAUAGUGCAUUUUAUACUUCACACCCAAGAUUGAACUUGUGCAAUCUUUAGAUCAAGAAUCCAUAGGCUCUAUUGUUUCGGGCGGCUACAAGUCUCCUGGCGGGUAACUUGCAUGCCAGGCCCCUUUUCUCCCAUUUUUCACAGUCAGAGGACAAGGGAACUUGGGUGAUAGGCAGAAGCUCUGGUGGUCUGAUUCGCUAACAGACGAACCUCGCCAAGAGGCACUUUACCACCAUUCACACGGUAAUAUAAUGGGGAAGAUUUGACGAGGGUUGCCGCCAAGGCCGAUGUAAUAGGAGACAAACUCCAAGCAAGGCAAAGAACUCUCCACUGCGUGUAUGACGGACGCGUAUCUGUAGAGCGAAUGAUGUGAGUCUGUGAUGCAAGGCAGGCAUAUAUAGCCGGAUGUGUACAUUGAUUAGCGCCGUUUUGAAUUGGAAACUGCAGCCGUCACUUGCUCGAAUCACAGGCCUUGACUGCAUAGAUACUUAAAGAUUAUGCAGGGAAUACUAAACCGUUUGAGCAAUAUGUGUUACCAGUUAAAUGGAAAACGGAGAAGUGUUAAUCACCGUUUAGAAUUAUUCUCACUUUUUUUCGGCCUCUCAUUUGUGGCUGCAAAAUAUAUAACCUCACAUAAUAACCACCAACAGCCACACACACUACCAUGCUUGGUCUGGCCCAGUCCCAGGUGUCGUUUGUGUCUCCAUCCACUAUCCCCCGUUCUGCCUCCAUCGGCCACCUCAUGAACGCUUUCCGCAUGUUGGCACAAUCACAUGCCUCCACCAAACCCAGGUCCUCUGACACCACCAACCAGAGAACACGACCUUUGCAGUCUCCACCCAUUCAGGGUGCCACCGCCUCGCCCCAAGCACCCCCAUGUGAAUCGCAAACAUCCGUUACCAUCUGCAGCUCGCAGUUCCACAAACGCCUCCGGAGAACAAAACACAUCACUCUUAGUGGAACCAAUCUCAGGUGCAUCAAUCUACUGGGCACCAUGACCCGGGAUUGCCCUGUGCCAGUGGUGGCUCCCGAACAUAGAACGGCUGAAUUCCCUCUCGCCCACGUAGUGUUCUUUGAUAAAAUAAAAGAUGGUGUGAACUGUGCGCAAGCAUCAGGUGAUUUCUAAACCACCCAUUUCG